CCUCAGCGCUGGGAGAAGUUAGCACUCGACUGCCAGUCUGGUCCGUAGCCACGAUGGAUGCAAUACCAUGCCUUCUGUUCGUCCUCCUGUUCGGGACAAGGGUACAAGAAAAUAACGCCCUCCAGUGUUACUGUGACCGCUGCAGUGCCAACUCCAGCUGCACGACAGACGGCGUCUGUUUCGUCGCCAUCCGCAAGUCGGGCAGCCGGCUUACCACCGAGCAGCGCCAGUGCGUGCACGAAAACGAACUGAUCCCACGAGACCGGCCCUUCAUCUGUGCCCCGUCUGUCAAACAUGACACGGGCAUUUUCCCCAUGUGCUGUACCGCGGACUACUGCAACAAAGAGCCCAACCUCGAAGUCUUCCCUGUGCCCACAGUAAAGCCUCCUCCACUGGGCCCCGUGGCCCUCGCAGCAGUGAUCGCCGGCCCGGUGUGCGUGCUCUGCCUGCUGCUGGUCUUGGCGUUCUAUGUUUGCCACAGCCACAGGGGUCUGGGGGCCGGGGGAGCUGGGGCCCAUCACCACCACCACCACCGGGUGCCCAAUGAAGAGGACCCCUCCAUGGACCACCCCUUCAUCACUGUCGGAACAACGCUGAAGGACCUCAUCUAUGACAUGACCACCUCGGGCUCUGGAUCAGGUCUGCCACUGCUGGUCCAAAGGACGAUCGCCAGGACCAUCAUCCUCCAGGAGAGCAUCGGGAAGGGCCGUUUCGGGGAGGUGUGGCGGGGUAAAUGGCGCGGCGAGGAGGUGGCAGUGAAAAUCUUCUCCUCACGGGAGGAGCGCUCCUGGUUCCGCGAGGCUGAGAUCUACCAGACGGUGAUGCUGAGACACGAGAACAUUCUGGGCUUCAUCGCUGCCGAUAACAAAGAUAACGGGACGUGGACUCAGCUGUGGCUGGUGUCUGAUUACCAUGAGCACGGUUCGCUGUUCGACUACCUGAACCGCUACACAGUCACUGUGGAGGGCAUGAUCAAACUGUCCCUGUCCACAGCCAGCGGCCUCGCCCACCUUCACAUGGAGAUCGUGGGAACACAAGGGAAACCUGCUAUUGCACACAGAGACCUGAAGUCAAAGAACAUUCUGGUGAAGAAGAACGGGACCUGCUGCAUCGCCGACCUGGGUCUUGCUGUCCGCCACGACUCGGCCACCGACACCAUCGACAUUGCUCCAAACCACAGAGUGGGAACCAAAAGGUAUAUGGCUCCGGAGGUCCUGGACGACUCCAUAAACAUGAAACACUUUGAGUCUUUCAAGCGAGCUGACAUCUACGCCAUGGGCCUGGUCUUUUGGGAGAUCGCCAGCCGCUGCUCUAUGGGAGGCAUCCACGAGGACUACCAGCUGCCCUACUACGACCUGGUCCAGUCAGAUCCAUCAGUGGAGGAGAUGAGGAAGGUUGUGUGUGAGCAGAAGCUUCGGCCUAACAUUCCCAACCGCUGGCAGAGCUGUGAGGCCUUGCGGGUGAUGGCGAAGAUAAUGAGGGAGUGUUGGUAUGCCAACAGUGCCGCCCGACUCACCGCUCUCCGAAUCAAGAAAACCCUGUCUCAGCUCAGCCAACAGGAAGGAAUCAAGAUGUAGACACAGCUACCAAACACACACACACACACACACACACACACACACACACACCUCUGACUGGCAUCCAUAUCGUUAGCAUUACAGCAUUAUUAUCUUCAUUAUUAUUCAUCGACUGUUCCUCCCCUUUGGGUUGAAGGGAAGCGAAGACUUUUCCCCCCUUGUGCUCUUUUUAUUUUCUCAUCCCAUUUCAUUCAUCAACAAACUGCUGAGUCCUGCACAUGAAACUGAGGAACCGUGUGUGUAUGUGUGUGUCUCACUGGGCUGCCACACACACAUGAAUGGCUGGAUGGAUCUAAUGAGGGAUGGUUGUGCCUGAAGGGGAUAACAGAGGCAUUAAAGGAAGCCUCCCCUCAUUAUCCUCCAUCUUCCUUUACUACAUUCAACACAUGAAGUCUCUGAAAGACCCAUUGGGGCGAUUGGUGUCCAUCUCAACUCCCGCCUCCACCACUCAUCACAUCAGCAACCAAUAAGAGCUCAGACCCCUCAGGUAGAGAUAAGGCCAGCCAGGCAGCUGGGAAUCACCUGGGAGGCCUCUGAGCUGCCGGAUCAUCUUCACCAUCACCUGCUCAUUUGUAUAUUAGCAUUUCAUUCUUGUCUUCAGAGUGUUAAGCUACUCUUCAGUAGGGCUGCAAGUUGCUCAUUUACAUCUCUGAAUAAUUUGAAUCAUGGAAAAUCUCCGACCAUUAGAGUCACUAAAAUGUGUUUAAAAAAUCCAAAUGGAACUUUUGGAUUGAUCCAAGCCAUGUGAUCUGUCAGUACAUAGUUUAAUGAACGUAACUAUGUGCACCGCCCCACACUCACUUACAGUGAGGGGUGUACUCACAUGCAGUUUAAUAUCAACAUGUAGAACAUUUCCAUACCAGUUAACCUGUUUGUCAUGUCUUUGACAAGCAGCCGUUUUUCUUGGGAAGUACAUUUUCCAUUUUGCUAAUGUGCGCUGCACAUUUGGUUCAACAUGCUUUUGAAAUACACAGAACAGUGGAGAGAUGUUUUUUCGCAGAUUCACCUGAAGCAAUUGUUUAUCUUGGCCACUGGUCUACUGCUAGAGAAGGGAACAGCAGAAAAAAGCUCUGACAUUUACCGGCUGUCAGAAUCCUCUUAAUCUCCGAGCUGACAGUGACUCGGCCAUCAUCAAAAGUAUUUCAGAGAUUCGACAAAGAAAACUGAUGUGAAGCUGUUUGCAGUCCUACUCUGGAGUCGUGUUACAGUAGCAUUGGGAACUGAAGCUUGGACCUGGGGGUCAUGGGACAGUCUGUAAGCCGCCCUGUGGGGUCCAGACAAACAACGGCUUCAUCUGUUCUUCGUCUAGUCAAGUUGUGAGCAGAACCUCUCAUCUCUGCAACAAUUUUGCACCUGUUUUUUUUUUUUUUCAUUUGUUACUGUUGUGUGUCCCCGUCUCCCUCCGUACGGUCGGGGAGGCGGACAGGUCAGUUUAAUUUAUUGUGUUUUUAAAUUUUCUUUCUGGUGGCAGGGGAUCUUUUUUGCAAGACUAAACUGGACAUGAUGACCUCAUUCAUUUUUGGCGAACAUGCUGCAACAUAUGCAAUAUACAGUAGAUAAAUGUGUCUAUUUUCUAUACUCUGCUCUGCUAAACCACAAACAGCAAGAACUACAACACCAACAACAAUCAGCUGCCACCAUGCCUUCCAAGCCAGCUGUUACCGGAAAGUGCCAGUGCUUUAACAACCCAACUCCUCUCAUGUCGGCUGCUGUGGAGUGUUUGCUCUCACGUGUAUGCAGCUCUGUGCGCGUGUGUGUCAAGAGGAGGCCUGCGGGAGCCAUGCCGAGCAUACAGCAAGCUCGUACUAUGCACACCCAAGAAGUAAGGACGGGAAGCAAGGAGGGACACACACCGCCUACACAGCACCCACAACCCAGCCGACUCUCUGGUGCCAUUUUGUCAAACCCCUCCCCCCUCACCACCUGAGCACCCAGCCACCUCAGCAACAACUCAUCGUACAGCUUCUCCUCCCAGUGGACUGAGUCUGGAAACUGAGCUCCAGCACCUCAAACUGUGUUUAGUUGGAAAAACGAUGCCACAAACGCUCACGGCGGCUUUGGAAAAAAAAAAAAAAAAAAGACACAAAGACUUUUAAGCAUUACUGAUGUUGCCCUAUAAAUGUAAACUCUUGGAUUUCUGAUUUUCGUUCUUUUCACGUGUUUUGCGCCGUUGACAGCGCAGCAGCGUAAAAUCAACCUUUCAAGCGUUUUCUUCUUUGUAGGAUAAUCAACAAUGAGGUACAUUCAUUUAAAUAUAGCAAACGGAGAUUUACUAAGCCAUAGAUUUUCCAGGUUGUGUAUUAUUUUUUUCCUUUUUUUUGUGGCAAGGUCUUUUUCUACUAGAAUGUACAUUUACGAAAAACAAAAGACGAAAAAACAUGCGUAAAAAAGACAAUAUUGUCAUUUCAGCUUAGCAAGCCUUAAGGGACCAACGCAUAAGAGUCAUGAUCUGCUCUUAUUAUUAUUUUCUUUAUUUUGUUUGUAAUUACAUAUAUAUAUAUAUAUAUAUAUCCAUGUAUAUAUAUUUGAUUACAAUGAUGUCUCUCUAAAGGACAAAAAAAAAUAUAUGUAGCACCUGAUUUAACAGUUUGUUUCAGUCAAGUGUUCGUCCUGUUGCUGAAAUUGCCAUACAUCUAAACCCAUUUGAUCUUAUUUUACAGAUUUGCUCGUGUCCACUGAAAGCACUUGUCAACACAAGUCCAAAAACAAAUCCAUUAUUAGAUUCAGUUUAAACGCAAGUGUAAAACCGUCAAUAAUGAACACAUCCAGUAAAUUCGACCUGCCAGACAGUGAUUUGCUCAAAGAAAUCCCACAGAGUCUCUUGAUUGUUAAGCAAUAAGUGCACUUCUGAACCACUGCGGGGUUUACCUGUGUGGCAAUUUCGAUGUCGAUGAGUCCGUCUGUCUCCAUUGUUUUUCUUUAUGGAUACAUAAUGUAUUGAUGUGCUGCUACUUAGUUGUCCACCUCGCUUUCCGAGUGGAGGUGAGAGCUGCCGUUGGAUGUAAAUACCCUCAGAUUGCCUGAAUCUGAUCAUUCUGUGCCAUGUUGCUCCGACACAAAUCCAGCCCAUAGUCACGUUGUAGGCAGUCCUCUCAAAGAUCUGCUGAAGUGUGUGUAAGAGUUGUCGUCAGCCGUGGAAGUGCAGGGGUCCGCCCGCCACCCACUGCAGCAGCUGCUGAGUUCUUCAAAGUGCUGAUCAGUUCAGUGAGAAUGGGAAACUGCAGCUUCAUGGACCAUGGUUGAAAACCACUGUGCCAACCUAUUGAUGAGCAUGGGCGUAGCUUGUUCUCUCUGCUUCGAUGCCCACUCAUUAAACACAGUUGGAAAUGCAUUGAUACAUAUUUCCCUCGACUAGAAGCUCAAAUGUAGAGGAGGGGGGAGGAGCAAAGACAUCCAAGUUUUGAAGGGUUGUGAUGUGUAAGAAGUUGCUGCCCUUACAGUAACUGAUUGUGUAAAAACAGGUGGAUAAAUUCAUACAAACGUCACGUCUAAAAACCUUUUGAGCAUUUAAGUCCCUUGUAACAGAGUAGCAGUGAUGAUGCACCUCUUGCAAGGCAACGAUUACCAGUCAGAGGAAGCUCAGCGCUCGUUACUUGCAGACAGCACUUUUUGUUUGCCGUUCAUGGUUUCUUAAAGUCCAUCUGAAAUUAUUUUACAUUUUUAUCAGUUUUUAAAGCGCUGAGUUCAAACAAAACCACUCCAGAUCAAAUUGAAACACAUGAAAGAAAAGUAAUUUGAGCCUGACGGUUCGUUCUUGAACAUGGAAACAGCAGUUGACAAAACAGUCUCCAAUAAUGGUCCACUUAUUUGCUUGUUCUGAAGCUUUCAGCUGUAUCACACUGUCUUCAUCAGAGGGUCGCUCAGUUAACAUUGAACUGUGGAUGUUCAAACUUUCCCUGAUUCUGCACCUUAGGCCAUCAAGGACUAAACAUUUCUGCUGUCACGUUUGAACGCGCCAGAAAAUCCAAAAUCCAUGUCAACGUGUUAGUCUGACUGAAAUCUUACUAAAUCGAAUUUCUCAAAGUCAGACUAACACACCCAGAUAAUGUGAUUGGAAGUUGAAUUCCACCUGCAUGUAUACAGUCAAUCAGACCCAAACUGGCUGCGGGCUUUGACCCAGAAGUCGAAGGCAUUAAAUGCGUAACAGAAGAAGCCGGUAACAACAUGGCGAUGUCUACAUCCAGAGCUGUGACUUUUUAGAUGGAUGCAGAGACACAGUUCAUGCUGAAAGAGCUGAGUAUUUUAAAAUACACAGAUGGGAGGAAAACGGAAAAAUGUCCAGUCCUAACAAGCUGAAAGGGGGCAUAUCUCCACCUAUCGUAGCAGAGUCGGGCAUACUUGGAUCAAUAAAUGAUUCCCCUCCUGUGCCUGUAUACUGGGACAAGGACAGUAGUCCAGUUAAAUGGCCUAGUCGAGCUGUAACUGUAGCUCCACUUAACUGUGCAUGUCGGCCGAAAGCUCCAGAGCAAAUGAGUAAGUGGACCUUGAGUGGAGAAACCUUUACAUUUAAUGAACAUUUUUAAGUGCUGUUGCAUCUCUGAGGACAGAAUCUGCUUAUAUUAAAUAAACAUUUAUCCCGUAGCAUUUUAAACUGUACAAAACAUUUCUAAUGUAACAUAUCCAUUCUGGGGAAAGUGACAUAAUCAGUUGUUUCAGGUUUUAUUCUGUGAUUCCUUUGUCAUCCUGUGAGAGACUUUGGUGAGAAUAAAAACCCCAAAGUCUGACAAAAAGCAGGCAAGUUGUGAUGUACCCACCGGUGUAGUUCCACUGUUCAGAGUUGUUCUUGUGAAUGAAGUAUUAAAUAUGUAGAAAUGGUCGGCAGUGGCAGAAUAGUGACGUAUUAUUGUAAAUAUCUCGUGGAGUAAACAAAAGAAGAAAGCUGUCCUGAUAUUCGAAGAAAGCAAAGUGGAUAUCGCUGCUAUUUUAAAUACAAAAAGGGUGACAGACUAUGCUGAAUUAAAUGUUUAAUGUGUACAAAAGUGGCCAAACUAGUAGGGAAAACUGGGGCUUGCCAGGGAAGACCAGGGCCAAGGAUUCAUCUCUCGAAGCCAUGUGGGUUUGUGGGGCAGCAGGGGGCGGGGCGGGGCGGGGGGGUAGCUGUAAACUGAAUUUCAAAGUAUUCCUUUAAGUAAGCCCUGGCUUGACCUGCUGGGCCUUUGGGUGGGAUCGAGACUGGAUAGUAUGUGUAUUCCAUUAGCAGUGUCAUUCUCUGGGACAUUAGCAACAACAAAAGCUCAACUCAACAGCACCUCUGGUAUGCCUCUACUGGGACAACCUUCAUUCUGUCUUAAAGUCACCAGCAGCCUUGUACUUUUUCCUUUCAAAACCCAAGAUGACUUAACUGUAAAAAGACGUUUGCACCCAGCUGUUUAUCUCUUGUGGUCUUUAUACAGCAGUCUCUCUGUCAUUGAUUCUUUCUUGCCUUUCUUUCUUGUCAUUCCAUGUUCUCUAAUUGACUUAACAGAUAUCUCCGAGCUACAAGGGCCACGCUUCACUGCAGCCGGUUCCCCGGCUUCACAGCUUCAUACCGGGUGAACAAACUCACAUCCAUCCCUGCCCACUUUUUACCUCUCUAAACUCACAUCUUGAGGCCGGCGUAUGUUUGAAACAAAACUAGUUGGUUCGACACAAUGAAUCGUACUAAAGUGGAUCACAGCUCGUUCGUUCAGACAGUCCUUCCUCAAAGACGUUCAUGGUGUUGCAUGACUUCUGGGUCCGAUGUCGAUAUUAGGGAGAAAAAAACAUCCCAUAUUGGGUGUUGGUGUGUCUUCCUCAAGCUCGGGUCCUCUACCAGAGGCCUGGGAGAUUGAGGGUUCUGCGCAGUAUCCUAGCUGUUCCUAGGACGACGCUCUUACGAACAGAGACCUCAGAUGUACCUGGAAUCUGCUGGAGCCAUUCUCCGAGUUUGGGGGUCACAGCCUCCAGUGCUGCGAUCAGGUGUUGAGGGACCAGGGCUACUGAACCAAGACAUUAUGAAUAUAUAUAAACACGCUGAUUUUAUCGGCCGACCUAUAUCAAGUAACUGAUAUACGGGCCCUGUUGUCCGGCUUCAGUAAACAGUAAAAAAAAACAAAAAAAACAGAAGGUAUAUUCAAAAUUGACGCCACAGAACCACCAAUUGUUAUUCUGCACAUUCGUCCUUGUCAGUACCUGGCGCCUACAUUACCCACAAUUUGACCACCAACAGUUCAGUCACAGAUUCCAAUGUGUUAUGCUCGUAGCAGCAAAUACAUCCUGGAGCCUGCAGCAGAGUUGAGCAGUGGGCUACAGAGGUCUGCUAAGAGCACUUCUUUCUAACACAUCUCCAGAUUAUCAAACUUGUGGUCUUCAAACCCAACUACGCCAACUCAAAUGCCACAACCUGAGGACCUUAAGUGCUGCAUCAUAAGCAACUAGACUUCUUCGGUUCAGAACUGCUUCAGAACUGAAGAAGCCUCUCAGUUGAGAGGGGUAACGUCUUCAAGAUAUUCAAGCAAGUCCAGUUGCCUGUGAUGUAGCACUAAAGGUUACCAUGACCUGGAUGACUGAGAAUCUUAAUCUACACAUUACUUGAGGACAUUGGUCAGACUAAGAUAAGUUCCUCUAAAAGUCUUGUCUGGAGUGCUUGUUGGACGGCAAAAUGUGUCUGAAACUCCUCUCAUACAUCUUACCAUUGUUGAAUUUGUACAUUUCUGAAAAAGCUGAUCGGACGAACACCAUGAAGGACUGUCUGAAAGUGUACGCUAUUAUCUCCGUAUAUUCACAAUCGUCUGUCUUGCCUCUCUGUCUGACAGCAGGCUUUUCAUCCCUGCUGCCUUCAGGCGGAGCUGGGCAAUACAAACUAGCGUGUUUGAAACAUACGUCCGCCUUCAGGUCACAGAAGGGGCCGUGCUGAAGGCCGUCUCUGCUUUUGUUUGGAAAGAUUCAAAUGGAAACUGUAAAUGCUGUUUUUUUUAUUUGUGGGUUAUUUGGGUUUGGUAAACAGUUUUUGCUUAGGUAUUUAGAUGACUCUGGGGGCCGUGACCCAUUUUAAAACUCUGCGAUAAAAACCCGCUUUACCUCCUCUUUGAGAAUCUUACCUUGCCUUCUCUCUCCUUAGCUCAGAUUAAAGAGGGGAGGAGGUCUCUGUACACUGUUGAUAUGCAGCCACCGUGCAAUUUCAAACCUCGGUUCACUGGUCAACACAGUUGAAGGUUGUGAACGGGAGCAGCAGCGCGGCUGAGCCCUUUUGUGACUCAAACCAAAUAACAGAUGCACUCUGUUUGUCCAAUAUGCAGCCUUUUCAUGCAUUUCUUUUUACGCCAGGAAAAGUAGAGGACGAGCAGCUCUUCUCUGCUCCGUGUGCAGCGAUGGAGGGCCAAAAACAGGGAGGUAACACAAACUAUGCCAGCAGCUCUACGGCUUCGAACCACGCACUGAGAAAUUCCCACAGCUGUGAAUGUAUCGGCCCUCUCAGAGUCUCCAGCCAAUCCGAGCACAACCUGCGUAACUCAGCCCCACCGUCGCGGCAGCAACUUUGUGAGCAUGCAAAUAUCCGGGUCUGUUUCUAUCUAUGUCUCUUUCUCUUGUUAUGCAAAGUCCGGGCCAAUCGUGUCUGCCCACUCAGUCCCUCUGGAUCACACAGGUUGAACAACCUAUCUAUGCUAGCAUGAUCCACACACUGUGACGAGGAACGCGUCAGGGCCAAAGGAUUAUCACGUUCUCCCUUCACGGUCGCCCUCCAUCGUCAGAGACCCGCUGUACGGUCUCUGUUGCAGUGGUCAGAAGCCGGGGGAAGUGUUGGGGCAGAUGUGACGAGCGGUUUGAGUCACUUUAGGGUUCGGUUGUCUCCGGUUCGAUGCUGCAGUGAGGCCUCUGUGGCAACAAGGGUAGCAGAAAGCUUUAUCACGUUUUAUUUGGUGCCUAAGUUUGACAAGAUUUCUUUUACUUUUCACCUCGAAUGACAAGACUGCAUGUGAUUGUGUCUGCAUUGAUGUCUGCAUUACCUGCUUUAUAGAUGUCAUCCAAAAGCUGAGAAGUAUCUUAAAAAGCAUAAUUAACAUAUUAAAAAGGUCACUUAAUCAAAAAGAAAAUACCUCCUUUUAAAGACCAAUGUGUUUUACCUCACUGUAUAUAUAUUCUCGAUUUGUUUACUCCAAGUUUGCAAUUUAUCUUUCUCUUUUGUUUCUAUGAAAUGCUUAAAAAAAGUUGAAGAGAAUAUUUUGUUUUCUUUUCGACUGUACUUUUUUUGUCAGAUGGCAUUGUAUUGUGUUUGUGUUGUGCCCAAGCAGUAUACUAUUCCUCCUUUACCAUGCUCUGUAUAUGACCUGUUGGUUGUGUUCUGCGUGAGCUGUACAGUCAAAGCGCUUUACAAAUGUCCAAGCCCCCUUCUGAGCUCUGGUACAAAUGCCUUGUUCAAUAUGUUCUUUUGUUAAAUGAAAAAAAAGAAAAGAAGAGAAAAGAGAGUCAAAGUGGAGGUGGAGGAGGCUGGAAGUGAGGGAGGGACUGUAAAGCCAAAACCCCUCAACAAGCGCUGAACCCUCCUCACCUCGGCACUCUUGGAUUUCUAAACAUAUUAUAAUCUUGACUUUUUUAUAUAGUGUGUACAGAUGAAUGAGAGAUCAACAUAGGAACUAGAGGAUUGACACUUAUGUUAACUUCUAACAUAGCUGGAGUAGAAAAUGGUGUGAAUAAAGAAACAAAGUUUCACUACA